CCUUUCCCCCUUGCUUUGACCCUGAAUGUCUCUUGCACCGUCGACCUAGAACGAACGUGCAGAACAUGCAUUCUCUGUCAAAUGCGUAUGUGCUUAUAUCAAAUCAAUUUAUCGGCGACAAUAAGGAAUGGGUGGAUUGGCGUUUUUUUUAGCGUGGCUUUUUUUCUUUUUCUGUGUACUUUCUGUUCUGAUAUAAUCAUGUCAUUCACGUUCUAUGAAGCAGCUUUGGGAAUCAAAGAACUGAUCUGACAGUUUCUUUUGCUCCGUAGACUAGAUAAUCGAGGUAAAAGAAAGUUAUCGAUCUCAC